AUGGUAUACUACUUUACCUCGAAUGUGGUGAAACCUGCCGCCUUUAUCUAUGUCGGAAAAGACAAAUUUGAAAAUGAGGAUCUCAUCAAAUAUGGUCUAGAGAAGGAUGUCUGUGCCCACGUUUACCUGCGCCUUCGCGAUGGUGAAACGUGGGACCAGAUCCCACAACCGCUCCUAGAAGACUGUGCCCAGCUCACCAAAGCCAAUUCCAUUGAAGGAAACAAGAAGGAUAACAUCACAGUGAUUUACACGCCAUGGUCAAACUUGCUGAAAGACGGGUCAAUGGCGACUGGACAGGUCUCAUUCCACAACCCCAAAAUGGUCCGAAAAGUCUACGUUCGACAGCGAGAAAAUGCAAUUGUCAAUAGGCUCAACAAGACUCGCGAGGAGAGAUUUCCGGAUCUUCGCGCAGAGAAAGAGGAAUUUCUGAAGAAAAAGCAAAAGGAAGAACGAAGAGCAAGAGACGAGCAACGUGCCAGGGAAAAACAGGAAAAGAGGGAGCGUGAACAGCUCAAAUGGCAGAAAGAGCAUGCCUACGAUGACCUGUUCAGUGAAGAGAACAUGCAGGCAACCAGCAAUCAGGAUCGAGACUCGGACUUCCUGGAUGACUUUAUGUGAAUGAAAUCUGCUAAGUAUCAAAUUUAUGCCGACCACUUUGUUGAACAAGAGCUACUGUAGUCUCUUCUUCCCUUAGAAGUUGAGGCUCCUCGAGGCAAAUGAGCUCUCGGCAGAGGAUGAGUAUAGAAUCACAUGAAUCACAUGUGUGAUUGUCGCCCAGGCUUUCUCGACGUUGGACCGAUACGGUUUAUGA